GCAUGCAUGAGUGAGAAACAAAAGAUAGAGAGAGAGAGUAGACUAAUCCGAUAAAACGACGUCGUCGUCGUCGUCGUCAUCAGCUGCCAUCAAUCAAUUCGAUAUAUAUACAUACAUAUAUAUAUAUAUAUAUAUAAAUGGGCAAUUACAGUAGUCUUCUGCGGUGCUGUUUGGCUUGCGUCCUUCCCUGCGGAGCCCUAGACCUGAUCCGGAUCGUCCAUCUCAACGGAUCCGUCGACGAGCUCACGGGUCGGGUCACCGCCGGGGAGGUUCUGGCCAACCACCCCAAUCAUCUUCUCACAAAGCCUUGCUCCGGCGGCUCCCACGCCGCCCGUCGUAUCCUCAUCCUCUCGCCGGAAACCGACCUGAAGAAGGGCUCUAUUUAUUUCCUCAUACCUGCUUCCUCCUUGCCCGCCGAGAAGACGGCCAAAAUCCUCAGGAAGUUUUCUGCCGCCAGAAAGUCGCCGUCGCCGGAAAAUAUUGAAACGAAGGCUUCCAGUUCGAGACGCCGGCGUCGGAGCAGUACUGCUACCGCCGGACGACGUCGUCUGUGGAGACCCAAUCUGGACAGCAUUUUUGAGGAUUAAUUAAUUAUUUUUUAAAAAUUUGAUUAUCUUUAUUUAAUUUUCUCUCUUUUUCUUUCAACUGUAUAUUUUAUUUUCUUUUUGAGGAUUUUUUGCCAUUUGUUUUUACUUUGGCAUCUAUUUUUAAUUUAUUAAAACUCCACUAUUCCUUUCCAAUAUUUCUUGUUUCACUUUUCUUAU